AUGGCCCGCCAGCCUGCGCCCAUGCCGAUGGCCACAUCUGCAGCCGAUGCAAUGCACCACCCUGACAGCACACUUAUGGACACAGCUACGGUCCCACUCACUGCCAACGACAAUAGCAACCGCAGCAGCUCGCUCAAUGUUGCUGCCAUAACCGUGGUCGACACCUCUUUCCAGCCGCCCGGCUUAUCGGGCCAUAUUUCGAGCCAGACAGUCGCAGGUAGCUGCGCGCACCUGCGAGUACUUUCUCCCGUGCCGUCCCAGUUUCAGACGACCGCCCUCUCCCCGACAUCACAUCAGUACCAGCCGCCCUCUUCGUCUUCUUGGGACUCGCCGCAACGUGGUCGCUCGGCCAGCGGUGCCUCAGCCAGCUCGCAGCAAAGCGCCACCCCCAGCCGCAACAGCGGCGGUUACACCUUACGCCUGCAGACGGAUAUACAUGACAGUGGGUCUUCUGUAGAGCUCGCAGUCCCAAACAGCAACCCGGACUCGUUUGUUGCAUCGAGCCGCAUCUGGCCGACCGCAUUGGGGCCACAGCACAAGAGGUCGACCUCGUCGCUCAAACCUAUAUGCCGUACGCCCAGCCUCAAGGCAUCAAGCUAUCACAGCUUCGGCAACAGCUCCGCAACCAGCUCGCCUGUCCCUAGCCCCAUCAUCACGGCCAUGGGCGAUGUCACUCCCCUGCCGUCGCCACUGCUUUCGGGCGGUUCGCCGGGGCCCUGGAAAAAGCUGACGAGGUCUCCACCUCGUGAGGCUCCAUCGAGGAUGGCACCCGGGAAGCCUGAGUCUGCUCUAGUCACUAGCAAUGGCGAGUCUCUGACGUCUGCGCUGGUACACAUGUCCAAGAGGAAGGCAUACGCAGAGCUGUUGUCAAACAAGGCUGGCCCGGCCGACAACGCAGACGGCCACUCUCAGACGAUGAACAGCAGCGCUGACUUGAAGCUACCACAUACACGCAACAGGAGCCUUAGCGAGUAUACUCCCGACCAUAUGCAGCUGCCAAGGCGCAUGAUCACUGUAUCUGCAACUCACAGCAAACCGGACGGCGAGCCGGACCACGUCGAUGAUCCAUAUAAAAGGCGCAUGCGUCGUGAGCCCAAUCUGUCCGAGUCGCGAGGAUUGACGGCCGUCGAGAAGCCACCAACCCCACCGCCCAGCGAGUCGUCAUUGCUUCUAGCGGAUGCAACCGCCCCGGCGGACGCAAAGCCUGUAGCCGGAAAGAAGCGUUACGAGUACUUCGAGGCAAAGGGUCGAGCCGAUGGGAAGCGACGCCGAUGGCGUGCCCUCAAGCUGCUUGGACAAGGCACCUUCAGCAGGGUCAUGCUUGCCACCAGCCAGACGCCAACGGGCGAGGAUGAGGACCUGUCCGUACAAGAACCACAUACACGAUACGAUCGACGCACCCUGGUGGCUGUAAAGGUCUGCGAGCACGGGCCGAAAGGCGGCGCAUCCGAAGAGCGGGUGGAGAUGAGCCUGAAGCGCGAGCUGGAAGUCAUGCAGAGCAUACGUCACCCAUCGCUUGUUCAUCUCAAGGCCUGGAACAUCGAGCCCAGCCGGGCCAUCCUGGUGCUGAGCUAUUGUCCCGGUGGGGACCUUUUUGACGUAGCGAGCACACACCGCAACCUCUUGAGCCCCACGCUUCUUGCACGCAUGUUCUCCGAGCUGGUUGGAGCGGUUCAGUAUCUGCACCAGAUGCAUAUCGUUCACCGAGAUAUCAAGCUGGAAAGUGAGUGCUUCUUACCAUCUCCUCUCUCCGUCACCUCCUCUUUCACCUCCCGUAUCUUUACCACUCUCCAGCUCGUCAACCCGGCUGACCGUUUCGUCGUAGACGUGCUCGUAAACCUGACGCCACAGGAGUUGGCCAAUCCGUCCAUUAAUUGGACAACCUACCCGUACAGCGUGACAACCCUGACGGACCUUGGCCUCUCGCGAUACGUCGCUGACGACGAGAGGCUCGAGACCCGCUGUGGCUCUGAUGACUAUGCCGCUCCGGAAGUCAUCAUGGGCCAGCCCUACGACGGUCGUGCUACGGAUGCAUGGUCGCUAGGCGUGCUUCUGUACGCCCUCCUCGAAGGCCGGCUUCCCUUUGACCCUACUCCGGGCAUGAGCGACGCCCACCGGAUGCGAUCGCGGACGAGCCACCGCAUCGCGCGCAUCGAGUGGCGCUGGGUAGAGUAUGCCGGCGAGGAUGGCAGCCACGAAGGAGACAGGGCCAAAUUCGAGGCGCGAAACCUGCUGGGAGCCAUAGAUAUCACCGAAGGCCUGCUGAAGCGCGCACGCCACCGCUGGUCACUCAGCAAGGUGGCAGAAGAGGUAUGGGUGCGCAAUGCCAUCUCUCUCGAGGACGGCUUGCGGUUUCGCGAGGAAGAAGAGGGAGAGGAGGUUUUGUGA